AAGAAGUCCACAAAAAGAAGAUGUGGAGUGGCUUGGGAAUCCAGGUGCUCACCCUCCUCACGAUUCAGAUUGGUAUUGCAGAGGCCCAGUCGGAACCAGCUUGUGGCCGACUGGUGCCCUCCACCCGAAUUGUGGGUGGUUCAGAGGCAGAGGUGGGUACCUGGCCAUGGAUUGCCAGCUUGCAACUCAUCGAUUCACAUUUUUGUGGGGGAACGCUCAUCUCCUCAAGCUGGGUCCUUACAGCUGCACACUGCUUUAGCAGUGGUAUCCUUGAUCCUGAACUGUACAUCGUUGUGUUGGGGGCCUACAAUCUCUCAAACCCUGGCCCUGAAUCAAUGUCCGUUGCUGUGAAGAGACUCUUCAUCCACUCCGGCUUCUCAAAUAUUGGGGGAGGCGAUGACAUUGCACUUCUGGAACUGGAGAAGCCUGUCACAUUCACCAACCACAUCCAGCCAGCCUGUAUUCCCGGACCCUCCUUCGUCUUUCCACCCAGGAUGGGUUGUUGGGUUGCAGGUUGGGGGAGCAUCAGGCAAGGAGUCCCACUACCACCUCCAGAGCUUCUACAGGAAGUGCUGCUUCCACUUAUAGAUACCAACACAUGCGAGGACCUUUACAGCUACCUUCAGGGGACACGCCCUAUAAUCAAGAAUGACAUGAUGUGCGCAGGAUACAUGGAAGGGCAGAAGGAUUCCUGUCAGGGAGACUCUGGAGGACCGCUUCUUUGCCCUUGGGAUGGGGUCUGGUUUGUGGCUGGUGUAGUGAGCUGGGGGGCUGGUUGUGCUGCCCCUAGGCGCCCUGGUGUCUACACUCGUGUCACUGCUCACCUUGAGUGGAUCUUACAUCAUGACCAAGAACUGGCUCUAAACCAGGGGACUGGGAUCACCCAAACAAAUUUUCCUUGGUUCCUGCUGUUCCUAUUUUUCAUUAGGCUGCUUUAUUAACAUGACAGAUGGUUCAUAUUGGCUCCAUUGAGAAUGGUUUCCACCAAAGCUGAAUGGGAAAGCAUUGUUAAUGGCCUCUCCCAGGUUGUGAUGCUCCCAUCCAUCAGAAGCAUUGGAGGGGGGGGGGAGGGUCCAUGGGACCUGCACGGACAAAAGCUGUGUGGGAUGGGGACUAUAAUACAGGAAGUUAAUUGGGCAAGAUUGAGUGAAUGUUGGCUGGAUCCAACCCAUAGCAGUGUCCAACAAGACAAGGUAUUUGCCAGUGUAUUCCCUUCUGCCCAAUACAUAAUGCUACUGCUGAAUGCUCUGAUCUGAACUAGGGAUGUGUAAAACCAAACUCCUGACCUGAAGAUAUACAUGGAAAUUUCUGUUUUAAAUCAUUACACUGAUUCUUCAGAAUGGUAACACAAAUCCAAGAUGCUUGGAAUAAGGAAAGCACCACCCUGAAAACAAUUUUGGGGUUCUUUUUCAAGUCCUGAUGCUUAUUACCAGCCAUACAGCACAAGCACAUGUUUUUCUUGGAUUGUAUUUCCUGAAAAUAGCAUCUCUUCCAAUCAGACCCUUGCAAGAAAGGUGCAAGGCACCCCCAGCCAAUCUACUGAUUUCCUGGACAAUGAUAUCUCUCCUUUCCAAUCAGACCCUCGCAAGGGAGAAACACAGAACUCUCCCAGCCAAUCCCAAGCUGCAGAGAGCUGUCAUUUUUCUUCUCAGUCCUUUGUGGAUGGAGAGAAAGUUUUCUUUCCCUCUGGAAGUCAAAAGCCUGGGCUUGUUCAGGGCCUUUAAAAUUCAAACUCUAUCCAGUUUGCUUGAAACCUGAAGGUUUUUGGAAAGACAUGCAGAAGACAUUCUGUUGAAAUUUUGGUGAUAUUUAGUUGAAAAACAACUCCAGCCCCUACCCCCCCCCCCAAAGUCCCAUGGGGAAUAAUGGAAAAACUGCCAAUCUCUUUUUUUUUGUAUGGAAAUUUUAUUUAAAAAGAAAAGAUGUGACAAUAGAAAGUGCAUAAAAAACCAAGGAGGGAUGGCAAAUAGAUGGUUUUCAGCGGCAAGGUAAAAGAUUCUUAUUGUCAGUCAGUCAAAGAGUAGGACAAUGAAAUGAGUGCAGAUUGCGGUGGGGGGAGGGGGGUAUGCUGAUGCCCGGUCUGGAGUUCUCCUGCUAGGCUGCUACUGUUUUAGAAAUUAGUAGAGACAAGUGCAGCUACGCAGAGAGGGACCUACUUUGGAGGUCUUAAAAUCAAUCCCCUUUAUUCAAUCUGUUUAAAAUUUAGGAGGUCCUUAGAUUAGAGGUCAGACUGUAUUUUGUGCAGCUUUGAUGCCAUUAUCUUUAUAAACGAAAACCAAAAAAAUCACAGGGACCACAAUCCAACAAUGAAGUUUUAUGUUCAGAAGUACAGAACUAAAUUUCACACCGCACAGUGAAGAAUAAAUCAAUUUGUGAAAAAAUACCAAGUGAAAAAAUACUUUGGAGACAGACCAUACUAAAUGUGACUUGAAAAUUGUGGAUGACUUUAAUCUCAAUAUAGUGGCUUUAGAAGAAGCACACGGGUGCGAAAUGGGAUAUUUUGAAGCUGGCAAGCCCGUUGCCACCUCCAGCCGGGAGUUUACAGUAAAAAAUUUUUUGACUCACUGGCCAAAUUGAUUUAUUCUUCACUGUGCGGUGUGAAAUUUAGUUCUGUACUUCUCAACAUAAAACUUCGUUGUUGGAUUGUGGUCCCUGUGAUUUUUUUGGUUUUCAUUGCUUCUGAGACCACCCCCCUCUUUGGAUUCACAUUAUCUUUAUAAACAGCUGCCCCAGACCCUUGAAUAGAUUUCCUAUUGAAAAUAAUAGUCCUGAAGGAAAAAGAAAAACGUGGAAUUGACUCUCAAACUGGUAAUAUCCUAUCCGAAAUAAGUAAUAAUGGUAAAAUCUUUCCCCUCUCCCAAGUCCAGAUCAGAAAAAGUAACAAAAAUUUUCUCAGUGUGUAUUCCUAAUCUGUACACAUUAUUUAAAAUGAAACAAGCUGCAUACAUUCUGCUACUUCAGGGAGAGAAAUAACCUGUCCGUGAAAUGUCCAAUUAACUCUGCCUUCUGGUGUAUCACUGAAACAAUAUCAUUUUAGACCUAUAAUCACAGUCACAAAGGCUAGUAACCAAAAAGCUGUAAAGGCUACAAACUCUUUUUUUAACAGCUCAAUGUCAAAACUGAUGUGUGUGCGUGUUUGAAGUUAUUAUACAAUGUUCUUUGGGCACCUUGUCCAGUGUGGUGCUGGGUUACAGGUGUGGGUUGGGAGUG